AAUUCUAAUAAUGCUUAUUAUUCUCGUCUAGUGGAAUUAAAUAUUCCUGAUCCAUUACCAUUAGAUGUUGCUGUUAUUGACGCAUCAAUACUUCUUUAUGGUACAAUAUUUAUUCGUGUAUCAAAUAAACAUCGUUUAAAUAUGUUACAACAUUCUAUUAAUAUAAUUAAACAAUCAAAAGAAUGGAUGGAAAAAGAAAGAAAGGAAAACUAUCGAAGAAAAAUAUUGGCAAAUGUCGAGAGGAAAAACGUCGAAAGAAAAAUGUCGAAUGGAAAAAGAACGAAAAGAGAAAAUAUCGAAUGA